UGUCAGUCAUACACUUGCCCUAAGUAACAUUUUAUCUCUAUAUUCCUAUCCCAAUUUACAUACUUUUUCCUCCUUGGACUCUUUAAGGGCAGUCAAGUCCAUGAACCUUAUAUAGCACCUUUGUAUAAUAAUCAGACCUCUGAGGCAAGACCUUGUACACUAGUAUAGUACUUUACUUUUUGAGGUUGAAGUAAGCAUUACUUUGCUAUUAGCAGAGUACUUUUAAAUACUUUGAGGUUUUCCCUUAAACCAUUAUCUCUUUAUUUCUCUUAAACCAUUAUCACAUUUCUUAUUAGUUUUACUACCUUUCUAAUACAUUAAAAUUCAUACUAUCAUAGUUGGAAAACAUUGAAGUAUCUGCUUAUCAGGUUACCUUCAAAGUGGGAUUUAACCAUUUUGUUCUAUCCUUUUUGUUGCCUAAUGUUUCUGAGUUAGGGACACAGGCUUAACUUCCUUCCUCUAAAAAGAUAUAACAAAUAUUCCAAAAGAAAGCAGGUACUAAGUUUAGCAUGGUUUUAAAAGGCACUGCGCCAGCCCUCUUCUCUUGUCUUAGAUAUCUUGUCUCCACUUAUCUGAGAGGUAAAACAAUGUCUAGUAAUAGCAUCAGACCAAAAAUUCCCCCACCUUGCGGCCACUUGGCAUACCUACGGAUGCUUUGCCUGUUUUGGCACCCUGUGCUCCGAAACUAAAGUUGCCUGGGAGAGGUAUAUCUUUGCCCUAGAGGAUUCUCCCACGUUGUGGAGUGAAGAAGGGGAAUCAGAGUUUACCCUCCAAGGAACUGAGAGAACUGGAAGGAAUUUUGUGUGGCAUGAAAUAAAUGUGGAGAAAAUGAGUGUGGAGAAGACGGCCAGACAAAAGGCAAGGCAGCACUUUCUGUCCGGGAAGACCAGCUGUUAAGGUUCCAGUAACUCGGGCAGAUUUUUAGGGGAAGGGAUAAGACGGCGCAGACAAAUGGACAUUCUCUGCAUUAGCAGACUCAUACCCAGUGCCGUUCUUACCUAAGUUCCCGCCACACCUCAAUUGUCAAGUAUACUAUUACCGAAGCAAAAUUAGGCCACCAACCACCAAGGAACUUAGCUGGGUGUCGUCCUCAAAACCUGGUGUGUCCUUUCCAGAUAAAGCAGAAUAAUUUCUUCUGCGUACGUCCCUGUCCUGCUUCCCGGUUAGAGUACAUGGUUGCUUGCCACUACUUCAGGACAGAGAAGUGUUGAUACGGGCUCUGCCAUGAAACCGAACUUGAAACAAUGGAAACAAUUAAUGCUCUUUGGGAUAUUUGCUUGGGGUCUCCUUUUUUUAGUGAUCUUCAUCUAUUUCACAGAUAGCAGCACUGUGGAACCAGUUCCAAGUUCCUUCUCAUAUGUUGAAACUAAAAGGAUCCUGCCUAUCCAAGGAAAACAGAGAUCAAUCAUGGGCGCCAUGCACGACCCAUCCUUGUCUGAAACCAUCGAUGGGAAUGAGGUGCUUCUCAAUGGAGACGUUUUGAAUUCAUUUAACUUAGGUCCCAAUAACCUUCAGAAAUGGACUGAAAUGAAAGAUGGUUUGGAGAAUGAAGAGUUUUUUCCUUCUCAGACAAGAAAAAAAUCCCCACAUCUUUUCUAUCAAGUAAACGGUGAUUAUUUUUUUACUUUGGGUCAACCUAUGUCACGUAACCAUGGCCAGCAAAUGGUGAAGUUUGUCCCCCUCAGUAAGGAGGACCAGCAAGGAAGUAUCAAACACAAUCGAAAGAAAAUUAUCCUAAGGCACAGAAGAAGCCAAGAGUUGCCCCACUGGGACAGACUUUAUUCCACCAUGUCUAAGUCCUUUCUGUACCGGCUUUGGAAAGGGAAUGUCUCCUCAAAAAUGCUAAAUCCACGCCUACAAAAAGCAAUGAAAGAUUAUCUCACCACCAACAAGCAUAGGGUGCGGUUUAGGGGGAAACGGAACUCCAAGCUGACAAGAGAACAGCUGUUGUGUGAGCUCAGGGACCGAGUGACUGUGAAGACAUUAGAUGGAAAGGAGGCCCCCUUUUCAGACCUUGGCUGGGAGAAGCAUGUCCCUCAAGCACCCUUGAGCAAACUGUAUCCUCAAGGUUUGGGUAGUUGUGCAGUUGUCAUGUCUGCAGGGGCAAUCCUGAACUCCUCCUUGGGGGAAGAAAUAGAUUCUCAUGAUGCAGUUUUGAGAUUUAACUCUGCUCCUACACAUGGUUAUGAAAGAGAUGUUGGAAAUAAAACAACAAUGCGCAUCAUUAAUUCCCAGAUUCUGACCAACCCAAACCAUCACUUCAUUGACAGUUCAUUAUAUAAGGAUGUCAUUUUAGUGGCUUGGGACCCUGCUCCUUACUCGGCAAAUCUUCACAUGUGGUAUAAGAAGCCAGAUUACAAUCUCUUCACUCCUUAUAUUCAGCAUCGUAGGAAGAACCCAAAUCAACCCUUUUAUAUUCUUCAUCCUAAAUUUAUUUGGCAACUCUGGGACAUAAUCCAAGAGAACACUAAAGAGAAGAUACAACCAAAUCCUCCAUCUUCUGGUUUCAUAGGAAUACUUAUCAUGAUGUCUUUGUGCAGAGAAGUGCACGUGUAUGAAUAUAUUCCAUCUGUACGACAAACUGACCUCUGCCACUAUCAUGAACUAUACUAUGAUGCAGCCUGCACUCUGGGGGCCUACCAUCCCCUGCUCUACGAGAAGCUCCUGGUGCAGAGGAUGAACCAAGGCAUCCGAGAUGACCUGUACCGAAAGGGGAAAGUGAUCUUACCAGGGUUUCGAGCUAUCAGCUGCCCUGCACCUGAUCAGUUUCCAAAUUCUUAAAGAGAAAGGAAGAAAGAGAGAAAAAAGGAAGAAAGAAGGAAGGAAGGAAGGAAGGAA